AUGUCGGAAGCUCGCUCUUAUCCACUGCCCAAGUCGCUGUGCCAGUUCGACUCGGCCCGUCCGACCCGCCUCUCCGAUGUUCAACGGAUCCUCGAGGCCGACAAGGAGCUGCGCCGAUUGACUGGGUUCUCUCCGCUCACCGCGGACUUUCGGGUGAGAAGAAAGUUACUGGAACUUUUCGAUUGGCUCUAUUACAGUGGGGGGCCUGAUCCAGUGGCAAAAAACGUACCAUUUUGCGUUCGAGAAGUGUCAAAAAUGUGGCAAAAUGUUUCCCUCUCCAAGUGAAAAAAACUCCGAUUUCAAAAUCGCGUUCGCUCUUUUUGUGAGGGACCCUUCAAAUACUUGGAGAGGGAAGCAUUUUUCCACAUUUUUGAUGCUUCCCGGAUGCAAAAUAGUAUAUUUUUUGCCACUGGAUCGGGUCCGUCACAGUACAGUAAAUUUUAGUGGAUCUAGGCCGAAUUUUUAUCCAAUUUUUAUCGGCUUUUGUCCAAAAAAGUCGUUAUAAAUCACAGUGCCAGUGCUCAAGAAUCUGCUGGCAGAUUUCCUUCAUUUUUUUAGCAUUUUCUCUACUUAGCCUCUGUAUCCAUCCCUGAAACGUUUUACCUUAUGGCUUGCGACUUAUACCGAGAAAUUCAACAAUGUUUCUCAUUGAGAGAUUGUGUGAAAAAAGAGAAAGAGACGGCCGGAGAAAAAAUUUUUGAGCCGUAUCUUUGAGAAUCUUGCAUAGAAAGGAGUGAUUUCUAGCAUAGAAUUUUUCUGUCGUUGGGAAAAAUAAAUCUCAUCUUUUUACCACAAAACAAAUUUCAAAAUUUGCCUGAUUUUUGAAAUUUUCGACCUAAAAGUCUCGGUGAUUUCUGCAAGCCGCAAGCUAAAAAUUUUGCAUUUAUCUUAGCAUAUGAUAAUAUUAAUUUGUCCCAAGUUUCAUGAAAACCUUAGGGUUGAAUUUUGAGAAACUUUUUUAUCAGUCUGUCGGGAAAAUAAUGAGCACUCUGUCGCAUCGAAAAUCCCAUCGUUGCCGAGAAAAUGAAUUGUGUCGUGGCAAAAUCAAAUUCAUUUUUUUUCGGCGAUGCGAUCGGUGAAGCGACAUGUGUUCAUUAUUUUCCCGACAGACUGACAAUUGAUGAAAAUAAAAAUUUUUUUUGCAAUUUGCUAUUCAGAUCGUCCACUGCAACCCAAAAAUCACUUCAAAAUUUCACAAAUUUUCAGGAGUUUAUCCGCACUCUCCGCCUCCGCGUCUUCGCCGCUCCCCAUCUUCUGGAGGAGCUGGAUUACAAGAAAGGCGCCGCCGAUCUGACCAAGGUCAUCAAAAAGCCCUCUCCGUUGGACAAAGACGACCCUAAUGAUGUGCUUCUCCCCGAGCCGGAGAUUAUUCAGACCGUCUCCGACACCAAUAUUCCGGAUCCGGCGUUAAUUGAGCCGGAUGGGUCUUGUGAUGAGACCACCAUUUCCCGUGCAUCUGUCCUCGCCGAUGGCUCCGAGUUUGGAAAUACGGAUGGAAUUCAUAUUCCCUAUGUGAAAUGUGGAGACAGCCAGAUUGGAGUGAUGAUCCGGGUGGGUUGUUUUGAAAAUAGCAUGGGUUUUUUGGAUAAAAAAUCUAGAAAAAGCUAAAAAAUAGAUUCUUUGAUUAAAAAGAGAAAAUUCCCUAAGGGCAUGUCCUCUAUUUUCUCCAAAUUUGUCCGUAGACUCUGGGUAGUCCAUAUAUUAAUCCCUGAAAAUUUGAGAUUUCUCUCUUUACAUACAGCGGAGAUAUUGGACGGUAAUUUUUUCCGAGAGAGAACGCAAAAUGGGGAGAGUUGACCAGACAAUUUUCUACUUAUAUCUUUGUGAAUUUUACUGUUUAAUAAGCGAUUUUUUGAACAAAUAUUCGUUUCUCUAUCCGAAACAGACUUUUAUUUUCUUGAAGGCCGAAAAAUGUUUUUUGUCUGACCAACUCUCCUCAUUUUGCGUACUCUCUCAUUAAAAGAAGACUGUUGAAUAUCUCCGCUGCAGGUGCAAAGAGCGGAGUCAACUUUUCAGUGAUUGAAAUACAGCCUAAAUAGAGUAGGCAGGCAAAAUUUCAAAGAAAAUCAGAGACUUUUACUACGGUAAAUUACCUUAUUUUUACUAAUGGUUGCUUUCAGAAGAAACAAUUCCCAGUCAAGCCAAGGACGCCGUCCUCGCAGAGUUCUGUAAGCAGAAAGAAGUCGAGAGCUUUGAAGAAGUUUAAGAAGUCUCGCAGGCAGAAGAACUGCGAUUCCAGUGAGCUCGGUGUGGCUGUGGUAAGCAUUUAUAUUGUACUACCUACAAUAAGAUUGGAAAUUGAUUUUUUGGUCCAGUAUCCUUCAGAGUUCAAAUUCUAUCUAUCAAGUAACAAAAUAAAGGCCUUGACUUAACUUUCAGUGCAAAGAAGACCGUUCUCUAGAGAGGGAAACUCCGAGUAUCAUCAAAAAACGCAGUCAAACCUUGGACCUGCUGGCCAAAAAAGGAGUUAAUGUGGUCACAUCGAAGGAUCCGAAACCGGAACGGAUCAUCGAAACCUGCAGAAAGCACCAACGCACCUAUACCUAUGAGGUUCACCGCAAGAAAUACGCGGUCGAGGUUUAUGACGUCGACCAACUCUCUGAUGCCUAG